AUGGAGGCAACGCAGAAGCACCCGGUCAAAGUCUACGACCUUGCGGAGGAUUUCAACCUCGAACCCGGUGACCUGAUUUUAAUCUCAUCGCCCGAUGCCUCAUUCCACUAUCGCCCCGACGCGGCGAUGGUGGUUGUAAUGGAGGUGCGAACGCACAACCAGUUCGGAGACCCAUACAAGCCGAAGAGAAUCCUCACGAGGCGCGUCGACCGUGAUUCAUACGGGCGCAAGGGCACGUGGUCGUUACUUAACGGAGCUGCCGUAUACAACCAUCAGGCGCGAGGAAGUGACACGGACCCCUUCGCGCCGCCGAAGAAAGCUAGCAAAUCGAGAAUGUUUAAGAAGGUGAGCAUCAAAGACGCUCGAAUCGCACUCGCAGUCCAAGGGUACGAAGCGAAUAUUGCAACUCCAGUCACAAAUUCAAUCGGACAUGACCUACCGCCAUUUGAGCUCUUCGAAGAGCGCGACUUGGUUUGGUUUGUCCAUCCCACCGAGAUCCGCCUCGAAUUUAAUCCUUCAGCGGAAAGCAUCUCCAAAGUCUUUGGCGCAAGCAAUGGCGGGUGCAAUGUCCCCGGCUGCGUGGCCGGCCUCGUGUGCACCAGGUGUACAGGCCUGGACGCUGUCUACCCAACUCUGAGAGUGACCGACAAGGAGCACGAUCUCUUGCAUAAAGUUGGGACUCCGUGCCCUCAGUGUAUCGGACUUGUCAAGACGAUGCUAGACCUAGAUACGAUUAGGCAAUGGUUCAAGAAUCCCCCAAACCUCCAGUUCCGCCAGAACUGCUACAUGUUUCGCGAGAAAGCGGUCGCAGGCGUAAUCAAAGCAGCCCUGAACCUGAUAGUCCCAACGAGCAAGCCAGAACUAUGGGGCCUGCCACCCGAACCCGAACCCGCAGCUGUAGUCCAACCACCACCACCCGGAUACGAAAACAGCCAACCUGUACCAGGAUACGAGCAAGAUUACGAUGACAAUGACAGCGACGACGAAAACUACAAGCAGCGCCUCCACCAGUGGAAGCUGCAGUCACUGCUCCGGGAUUCCCACUCAGCGACUCCGGAACCCAUCGGUGCACUUCAUGCUGAUGGCGACGUCAAGUGCCCGAUUUGCUACGGACACUUCAAGGUCGGCGACCUUCUCACUGCGGCGACCUGUCCUCGUCGUCACGUCUUCCAUACUGCUUGUGUCGUCCCGCUGUGGUGGGUCGAGAACCGCACUUGCCCUGUGGACUUUGUCGUUCUGGACGAAGAGGAAGUUAGAGAGGCGCAGGAGGACUGA